GAAACUAAUAAAAUAAAUAGCGUAUGUGACGCACGUAAAGACGUGAAGAACUAUGGCGCAUGUUCAGAAGCAAACGGGUCUGUGGAUCUUGAAGGAAAUAAGGCUAGUUGUGCACUUAAAGAAAAUACUAUUAGGAACGGACGUAAAGGAUCAAAUUGGGCAGCUUACAUGAAUAUAGUAUGCGUAGUGGCCGGAUCAGGAACUCUCGGUAUUCCAUAUGCUAUUCAACAAGGGGGAUGGAUAUCGUUGAUACUUCUGAUUCUUUCCGCAUCUAUGUCUAGAUAUACAAGUAUUAAAUUGAUCGAUUGUUUAUAUUGCAAUGGUAUACGCAACAAAACUUCAGUAUCGGAUAUAGCAUAUAGCGCGUUUGGUAAUAUUGGAUUGUUUGUGGUUGGUUUUUUUUACAACGCAAUAAGUUUAGGAUGUCCAAUCCUUUAUCUUGUUCUCUCUGGAGAUAAUCUACAAACAUUGUUCAGUAAUUAUGGAAUCGAUUUAGGAAUGCAAACAUGGGUGUGUAUCUGUGCUUGCACCAUGUGUAUACCAUUCAUUUUUCUAAAGACAAUGAAGGAAACUGCUUGGCUAAGCAUAUUUGGAGUAGCGACAACAAUGUUUGUUGUAUUGGUUGUGUUUGUAAUGUCUAUCAUUGAUUAUCCAAAUAAUACAAACAAUCCUCAUGAUUUUGUUAACUAUCGAAACCUUCCCAUCGCAUUAUCAACAUUCUUUUUUAGUUUUGGGGGUAAUGUUGUUUACCCUCAUAUUGAAGACAGCAUGGAAAAUCCAAAAGCAUGGUCACAAGUAGUUAGCUCUGCUAAAUUUACAAUUACAAUUAUGUACUUUUUAAUUGGUAUUCCCGCCUACUUAACUUAUGGUCGAAACACAAUGUCACCUAUAUAUUUCAGUCUACCACCUGGUUUCGUAGUUGAUGUUACUAUGAUAAUGAUUACAAUACAUGUUCUUCUUGCUCUUCCUGUUUAUCAAACAGCUUUUUCUUUAGAAUUAGAAAAUCAUCUUGGUAUAAAUUCAAGUUUAAGAAAUGAAUCUCUUGAAUUUAUUUUACGUUCAAUUCUUCGUUUAACUAUUGUAAUUUUUACUAUAUAUAUUGCAAUAACUGUACCAUAUUUUACUAAUAUUAUGUCACUUUUAGGUGCUUUAGGUAAUGGAGUUUUAUUAAUGGUUAUGCCAAUGUUGGUUUGGAUAAAAUUAAAUGGUUGGAAUAAGCUUGGAUGUUUAGCUGAAAAACUUUGGGUUAUUUUUAUUUUAAUUUUUGCCCUUUUCGGUGCUAUUAUUGGUACUUGGGAUGCUUUAAAUGCUUUAUCAACAGAAAUGAACGGAAAUUGA